ACAGAUGAGACGUGAGUUAAAGUCGAUGGGACACAUAAAAACAUGACGGACUUUUCUACCAUUUAUAAACUUUCCCUGGUGGCGCUUUGGUGCUUCAUCCACGCCUGCAGCAGCAGCAGCAGCAGCUGCCCGCUGUUGGAGUGCUGGUUUGUCCAGGAGAAAGUGGGUCGAGGUGGAGGUUUAGCUGGAGCCACGACUCAGGAAAAAACUCUGCUUCACAUCAGGAAAGAUGAGCGUGACGACGGCGCAGCGUCCAGCCGAGCUCCGUCUGACAUCAACCCCGACAGGAUCUACGUCAUUACAGACCCCGCUGAAACUCUGUGCCACCGCUCUUUCAACCCGCCCCGCGGCUCCAUCAAGAAGCCUCAGUGUGAAGUGAACCCCUUCCUGCCGCAGCCCUCCAGCCUGGCGUGGGUCCGCUCCCUCACGGAGAACGCCUUCAGCCCCGUGUACCUGCAGGCCGACUGGUUUUCAGCCUCCUUCCAUGGCGUGGAUGAACAGCGGGGGGUUGCCACCAUCACACGCGCUCCAUCAGGAACCAAGGAGCACAGCGUGAUCCUGAGCCUGACCAGUACAACCAUGACGGCUCAGGCCAGGCUGGGGCAGCCGUUCACGCUGGACUGCAGCUUCUGGGCCGACCCGUUGUCUCCUCUGUCAGAGACGGGCUUCGCCGUCGAGUGGCGGUAUCAGUUCAGAGGUGACGGCCGCCUCGUUCUGGCCUAUGAUGGUAAGACGGACCGUCUGGCUGACACUUUAGAGGAGGGGGCCACGCUGGACUUUGAGGCUCUGCACGAGAGAGGAAACGCGUCGCUGAUCCUGCAGGAGACCAAAGUGCAGCAUUCUGGGACGUAUAUCUGCUCAGUGUUCCUGCCGUACCUGCUGGCUCAGGUGGCCAUGGAGCUGGAGGUCGUAGAACCUCCAUCCCUCUCCAUCCACCCGUCCCCCCUCCCCCUCGCCGUCCCGGGUCAGGUUUUGAACAUCCAGUGUGAAGCCUCCGGCUUCGUCCCUCUCCCGGUAGACCUGAGCUGGGAGUUCAGAGGGGCAGAUGGGAAGAGCCGGUCCCUGGGGUCGGGCAGCAUGUCGGGUCACCGGCAGGCCUGGGACGGCACCUACAGCCAGAGCACCCGGCUGCAGCUGGACACGUCCAAGCUGGACCUGGGCAGAGGGGGGGAGAUCAGCUGCGUCGCUGUUCACCGUGGCGGCACGCGGCGGGCCAGCGUGACCCUCAGUGUGAUCGGGUUCAGCUCGCCGUCCAUCGAGGACUCCAUGGCGAUGGUGGGUGUGGCCUUGGUGCUCUACGGCCUCAUUAAGUUUGCUUCAUGGACUUUUACCAGCUCAGGAUCUGAUGAGGCUGCUAAACCCAACAAGGAUAAGUGAUGACAAAGCAGACGUUUGUCACUAAAUCAUCAAGGUGUCUCAUACUUCUGAUGGGGUUUCAUGUGCAGCUGUCCAGCUCUUUGGUGCCUUUGGUUGAUUGGUUGCUGGUUUGGACCGUACCAUUUUUACAGAAAAUUAUUUGACCACCCCUUUCUUUUAAUGUUCUUAUCUUGAAAGCAUGACAUCAUAAAAACCGAAAGAACGCUUCAAGUUUCACUUUGGGGAUUUCUAAACUGUGACUGGAGGCUGUGUUUUGUUUUGUUUUUUGAGAAAUAUGUUUCACUGAAGAUGCAAAACAACUGUCCUAAUUAAUAAAGUAAAGCACGUUUGUAAAUAGGAAGCCCAGAAUAUUUGUACAUUGUAUUACAAUUAAUGAAUGUCUGUCUUUUUUUGUGUGUUUGUCAAAGUUCUGCUGAAAUGUUGACAAAAUUGUUGUAAAAAUUCCAAAAAUAAAAGGUUGUAAGAAGUCAUUUU